ACAAUAUAUACUUUUUAGAGUGAGAAGCACAAAGGAAGAGUUUGGAAGCCAAGAAGAAUAUUAAUAUUUUAAAAAAUACAGCACAAGGAAAUAUGGAGAAAAUUGUUGUGUUGAAGUUGGACUUGGGAGAAGACAGAGCUCUGCAACGAAAGGCUUUGAAGACAGCAUCGGGUCUUCCAGGAAUCAACCAAAUCGCUUUUGAUUCAAAAGCAAAAACACUGACUGCAUUUGGAUCAGUAGACGCUAUUGCCAUGGUCUGCAAAUUGCGCAAAAAGAAUCUGCGACCGAUUAUCAUUUUAGUCGGUCCGGCAAAGGAGGCGAAGCUCCCGGCCCCCCCGAAGGAGAAGGAAAAUGGUGAAGAGAAGAAAGAAGAAGCUGCUGCCCCGAAGAAAGGAAAGGGCAAAAAAAAGAAAGAGGCUGAGGGAAAGGAGGCCGGGGCGGCAAAGGAGGCCGCAGAGGCGGCACCACCACCAGUGCCGGCGGUGGCAAUGGCGGCGCCGCUGUCGCCAAACACACAGUAUUACCGCUCGAUGAGCACGUCUUUCUCCGUCAGCCACAGCAUGGAGGAAAACCCCAAUGCUUGUGUUAUUUGCUGAAGAUUUCGAUUUCUGAGUAUGCAAACUGUUUGUUUUGUUUUUUUUUUAAGUAUCGGUGCAGUCAUACAUUUGUUACUAUGAACUUUUUACGCCCUCCGGCUGCGCUCGAGGGCUCGAUAUUUGAAAUAUUUGCUAUUUAUGAUGCGAUUACCUGUCG